AUGCUUCGACUAGGACUGCUGGAUGGGGAGAAGUUUUUGAGCGAGUUUCCUCAGAUGAAAAUGGAACUUGAAAAGUGUGUAAGAGAGCUUCAUGCCCUUGCAGACAAGAUUCAGAAGACACACAGGGACUGUACCAUCUCCAACGUGGUGGCCAGCUCUACUGGUGUCAUCUCUGGCGUUCUGACCAUUACUGGUCUGGCUCUGGCACCUCUGACAGCAGGAGUCAGUCUGGGGCUCAUGGCAACAGGGAUGGGGCUGGGAACGGCAGCUGCAGUCACGAGUGUUUCUGCCACCAUUGUGGACCACUCAGUCCAUUUGUCAGCAAAAGCCAAAGCCAGCAAGCUGGUAUCAACUGAUAACAACACACAGGAGGAAAUUGUGAAGGCUGUAGGUCAGAACACAGACAAACUAGUUUCCAUUACAAGAACCUGCAUCAAAGAUACAAGAGUCAUUGAGAAGAACAUCAAUGCCUUCAAGCUGGCCAAAGCUAACCCUAGAUUGGCAGCCAACGCCAGACGUUUCAUGACCAAUGGAAGCAUCUCAGUCCGGAAAGGUCGGCAGGUGCAAAAAGCCUUUGAAGGCACUGCCCUGGCAAUGACCAAAGGAGCCCGAAUGGUGGGUAUGGCCUCCACAGGUAUCUUCCUUCUGAUGGACUUGGCCAGCCUUGUGAAGGAGUCAAAGCACUUGUAUGAGGGGGCCAAGACAGAGUCAGCUGAUGAUCUGAGGCUCAAGGCUUCGAUGGUGGAGAAGAAGCUGAAGGAGCUCACUCAGAUCUAUGAGAGUCUGCAGAGACUGACAAUGUUGACUAAAUUUUUCUGGUUUGUCACCGUGGACUAG